GGGAGGCGGCGGCCUGGCUCGGCCUGGCCUGUCAGGGCGCGGGCGGCGGCGGCGGCGGCUCCGGCACCAUGUCCCUGCAGUACGGGGCGGAGGAGACGCCCCUCGCCGGCAGUUAUGGCGCGGCCGACUCGUUUCCAAAGGACUUCGGCUACGGCGUGGAGGAGGAGGAAGAGGAGGCGGCAGCGGCGGGCGGCGGGGUUGGGGCGGGGGCCGGCGGAGGCUGUGGCCCGGGGGGCGCUGACAGCUCCAAGCCGAGGAUUCUGCUCAUGGGGCUCCGGCGCAGCGGCAAGUCCUCCAUCCAGAAGGUGGUGUUUCAUAAGAUGUCACCCAACGAGACCCUCUUUUUGGAAAGUACCAACAAGAUUUAUAAGGACGACAUUUCCAAUAGCUCCUUUGUGAAUUUUCAGAUAUGGGAUUUCCCUGGACAGAUGGACUUUUUUGACCCAACCUUUGACUAUGAGAUGAUCUUCAGGGGAACAGGAGCAUUGAUAUAUGUCAUUGAUGCACAGGAUGACUACAUGGAGGCUUUAACAAGACUUCACAUUACUGUUUCUAAAGCCUACAAAGUUAACCCAGACAUGAAUUUUGAGGUCUUUAUUCACAAAGUUGAUGGUCUGUCUGAUGAUCACAAAAUAGAAACACAGAGGGACAUUCAUCAAAGGGCCAAUGAUGACCUUGCAGAUGCUGGGCUAGAAAAACUGCAUCUUAGCUUUUAUCUGACUAGUAUCUAUGACCAUUCAAUAUUUGAAGCCUUUAGUAAGGUGGUGCAGAAACUCAUUCCACAACUGCCAACUUUGGAAAACCUAUUAAAUAUCUUUAUAUCAAAUUCAGGUAUUGAAAAAGCUUUUCUCUUUGAUGUUGUCAGCAAAAUCUACAUUGCAACAGACAGUUCCCCUGUGGAUAUGCAAUCUUAUGAACUUUGCUGUGACAUGAUUGAUGUUGUAAUUGACGUGUCUUGUAUAUAUGGGUUAAAGGAAGAUGGAAGUGGAAGUGCUUAUGACAAAGAAUCUAUGGCAAUUAUCAAGCUGAAUAAUACAACUGUCCUUUAUUUAAAGGAGGUGACUAAAUUUUUGGCACUGGUCUGCAUUCUUAGGGAAGAAAGCUUUGAACGAAAAGGUUUAAUAGACUACAAUUUCCACUGUUUCCGAAAAGCUAUUCAUGAAGUUUUUGAAGUGGGCGUGACUUCUCAUAGGAGCUGUGGUCACCAGUCCAGUGCCCCCAGCCUGAAAGCAUUGACACACAAUGGCACGCCACGAAAUGCCAUCUAGUCUGAAUCCCAGUGUUUGGGGCUCUGUGCCAGCUUACUCUUCACUUCAGGGUCAGAUGCCACGUGCUACAGGACAUGGGAGCUGCCGCUUAUGGAAAUCUGGUGCCUGUCCCAUUAGAGACAAGGGGUAGAGUUUCUCACUUGGAUGAAAACCCCUUCAAUCGGUGGUGUACAACUGAAGCUACUGUUUCUUUUUUUAAAAAUGGCAAAAAAGAGUUCUAGAGACCACAGAACUCAAGUGUGUCUUUCUUCUUUUUUGGGCCCACUUUAAGUAGUUGGAAUAUUUUGGACCUGGAGAUAACACCACCUUACCAGGGAAUGUUGCUGUCAAUUACAGUUGAAAAUAAUAGAAAAAAACUGAAUUUUUAUAUGCUUCACUUAGGCUUUCCUUUGAGUAGUCUCUAAAAAUCCUGCCUUGCUUAAGUUCUAACACUGCCUCUCAGAUUUCAGUUUUGGACAUUGCACAUCUCAGACCUUUUAAAUGCAUUUGCUUGCUAAUUCGGAAGACACGUCAUCUGACUGCAGCAAAAGAUGUUCCUGUAUUUGUUACUGAAGAAAUGAGAGAAGAUUUUAUGCUGCCUCAGGUGGAGAGUGAGGCUCAAUGGUGACUGCAUUAUUUCCCUUGGAAACGUUGAGGAAAAAACUUUGAAACAGAAGAAAAUUUGCGCACCUUUGUUUUGGGUACCAGAUGUCUAGGUUCUUUUUCCUGCAUUAGAUAAAUGAUCAUGCUCAGUGCAACAAAGGGAAUUAAAAAAAAAUUUUUUUUUUCCCUCACAACCCCUUCUAGUAGAGACACUCAUGUCACUGAAACAUUUAGCUCACUUUUCUUUAAUCUUGAUAUCGGCCUCUAUACACCUUUCGUUCUAAGACAUCUGGAUUUUUUAAGGAUUGCUGUUUGUUGACCAUGAAUGGCCCAAGGCACUGGUGGACUGUCCACUGGGAGCUGGAGAGAGCAUGUGGCGCCAUAGCAUGUGUUGAUUUACAUGCUUUGUCUCCAGUAUUCUGACACCAAGUGUCAACUGUGGUACUUUCUUUGCCUAGGAUAUUAAUUUGUAAUUGUUGCUUUUUGUGAAUGGUUGAUACCCUUUCCGUUGAUUUAAACUUAGGCAUUAUUUUUACUCCACAUGUCCAGUAGUCAUAUACUCCAAAGCCCACUGGAUCACCUGAGUACAUAAGUGCCACUGUUUAAUGCAAUAUGUAUAUUCAGGUUUGUAACCUAACAGUGUGACUUGGAGUGCUUCCUGCAGAUGAUUCUGACUGUUGAGUAUUUACAUGGACCAUGGUAAUAUCCAAAAGAAAAAUGCUUUUAUAUUUAUAGAUUAUUUCAUUGAGCUAUAUAUAAAAUGGGUAUCAAUAAAUAUAUUUACUCCAAAA